GAUGAUGCAUCCUACUGAAGAGAUCCUGAAAGAGCUGUGUAAGCCAGCACAGCUCCAGAGACUUCUGAAGAUUGAAAGCCCGCCACUGCUCUGGCUGGUGCUCAGAAGCCUUGUCCUCCUCCUGUCCAAGGAACCUGACAUGGCAAGAGAAAUACGGACCCUGCUUCCAGCCGUCAUGGAGGCCUUGCGGUUUGCCAAUACCUCCAUUACUCUGAAGGUGCUGAAGAUCUUCAGAAAUAUAAUGCGCCAUCUGGGGAAACGGCAUGCCAGUUCCAUUGCUCUGAAGCUGGCUGUGAAGAUUCUGCCUCUUUUUAAUCAUGUGUCAAGUGAAGUGCGAGACAACUCCAUCUACCUCUUCAAAGAUCUGAUGGACGCUGUGCUGUGGUAUAAGAAGGGAAACAUGAAGAAUGUUGUGUGCAAGGCCCUGCUUCCUCUGCUAUUUCAGAUGAGUGACAAGACCACGAGCGUAGCACAGGCAUCUGGGGAAGCCCUUGUGGCUUGUGCAAAAUUCCUGAAGUGGGAGGAGCUCGAGCACUGGGCCCAGGAGGAGAACACAGUGGGGAUCAGGAUGUGUUUGCUGCACCAGGACAAGAUGAGUGUGAAAGGAUACCUGAGACAGAGCCUGCCAUACCUGAAGGAUUCUCAGGCCUCCUUGCGAUGCGAGGCUGUCAAAUUCAUCGGGCUGGCUGUGCAGUACUCCAGGGAACAAAGUAAGGAAGUGCUGGAUGAAAUCUGCAGUGCCCUUCAGCCUUUGGAAGAUGACGUCUAUCUGUCAGUCCGUUUCCUGGCAGCCCAGACAAUACAGACUCUGACACAUCGAAGGCAGCAGGCACCAUCAGCAGGGAGCAGGCUCUCAGCACUUUGCUGCUGGCCCUGCAUGGCCAUCUAAAAUUCUUGUGCAGAGACAUUGCUAUGACACGCAUUCCUGUCAUGCAAGACAGAUCCCUUCAACAAUGGAAGGAACCCAGGAGCACGGACAUCCUGAAACAAAGAACAGGAACCGAGCUGGUUAGGACUGGGUCUGUACUUGGUGACUGACAAAGGUGAAAAGUACACCAGAAAGCCUUUGUGAGGAAGACUUGGAGAAGACCUCUGCCUGUGACCACCAGAGAGCAGCACGCGUGCACGCAGAGGCGGAACGUAUCGUAAUGAUUUCCCCAACCUAAUUGGAACGAUAUGAUGAGAUCUUGGAACAGUUUGAGCAAGCUUAACCCACCUGGUAACCCACCUGAUGUGUCAUCUUAUCUAUAUGUAUGAUUUUGUAUGCUAAAUAAGCAACCAACAAGUGUUUUGUUGUGCGAGUUAGGAGUCAUCACCCUCGCACCCACCACCAUAAUAAACAUACCAACUUUAUAACCUUCCAUGCCUUAUGGAGUUUGAUUCUGUAUGUUGCAUCCGUCCUUACAAAGAGGAUUCUAAUUAAAACUCAGAUUGCAAGGCGGCUCCCUUGGUGUCCUCCUGUGUUGAGCUUAUGUGCAAAGUUUCUGUAGCGGUGGGCUGCAGGAGUCAGCACGUAAGCUGACAGUACUCAGCUGGGAAAUGCUGUUGAUUCUCUCCAGGGGCACAAGAGGCCUCGGGUAGGGAUACAGAUCCUUUGGAGAACUGGACAAUC